AAUUAUUAGCACUGGCAAGCGCUAACUGCUGACUGCUGUUAAUGUUAUGACGUACUGACGUUUGAAAUUGUUAAGAGGAAAUGUUAUGUUUUAAACAAUUUUAUUGUUGUUAUUAACAAACCACUAAGAGGUUACUAUACCUACUUACUAUUGUACAAUUAUUGCAGACAUUGGUGCUAAUAGUAAUGCCACAAAUUUUCCAAGUAUUACGAUGUUUUAAAUGUCUGGUUUUUCAGGUUCAUCAAACAAAAAAGUCGAAUAAAUGGGAAUGUAAACUUUGUGGAGAAAAACAAUCGGUUAAAAGACAUUAUGGAUUGGGUACGGCUAAGGAUUGCAGACUACAUGUGCAGAAACUAAAUGGCAUGAGAGGCGAGAUAGACGAACUAAGGUCUAAUCUAAGCGAUGAUGAAAAUAAAGAGUCCGAACAUGUACCAUGCUAUAUUCCAGUCUCUUCUAAUAAAGUCACUGUCAGCAAAUGGUCUAAUUAUGUAGAGCCCCCGGAGACAAAUGAGUCUUUUGAAGAAAAAUCAAAUGACGAAGGGAUGUCUUUAGGCGAUGCACAGGUAGUUUUAGAAUUGCCAAAAAAGCGGAAAAGAUUUAAUACCGUUAUUUCACAGAAAAAUACAAAUGUUAAGGUGUCGAGACAUUCAGAUGUUUCAGACGAACAACAAGAAGUUCACCCUAGUAAUAAAGAUUGUGAUUCACCUCAUCCUGUAUUCAGUGAAAAACAGAAUCUUGAUAUUGCUCAAACAGAAAAUUGUAAUAGUACCAAUAUUUAUGAAAAACUUGUAGCAAAAGAUGAACUCACAACUAAAAGUAUAACUAAGAAGAAAUUUACCCCCCCUGUAUUAAACAAAAACUCAAAAUGGGCACAAUUCACAGACAAUAAUGAUGAAAUUGAUGAAGGGGAUCAAGAGAAAGGUAUUGCACCAUCAGCUAGUAUUACAAUGUCUCAAAAUGAUUUAAUGUUCUCAUUGUGUGAGGAUGAUGACUGGGAUAAUAUUUUAGAAAUAUAAUUUGAGAUAGAAA